AACUUCGAGCAGCUUGGCGUUGCAUUUUAAUAAUUAAAAAUAAUAAACUAAACGCUUGUGCUGUUUUAACAAAAUUAUUGCCAAUUAAACUUCAACGAAUUACAAGAUGGCACAAAUUUGGAUGGACGAGGAAAAUGCUGGUGCACACAUGCUGCCCAGAUCGGCCCGCAAGCCCAUGGGCGACAAUACGCUGCAGCAAUCGGGCAAAAAGAGCGUCCUAAGCAAACUGGACAACGUAAUGUACAACAAACCGAAUCUAACGCCAUUUAAAGGCGCCAACACAAAAUGGCCCCUGAGCUGCGCGCCAAAAUUGUCGCUGUGCAAGGAGACGCUGCAGAAGCAACAUCGCAGCAGGCAGCACGACAAGGACUCGCCGCAGCUGUUGGAGGCGCACUUCAAGGCGCCACAAGUGAAUGUUGCCAAUGAUCUCUAUGCCAAAUCUGCCGAUCCCGCCAAUGGAUUUGAUCUAUUCGACUAUAUGGAUUUUCCUACUGCGAAAUGCAUGCAAAACUGCCAGAAACCCAUAUCUCGAGAGUGCUUGGAACCAAUGCUAAAUGAGGAUUUAAUAGCAAAGCUACUGAACAAUUCACUGGACACAGCAGAGGAGGAAACUGUUUACGAUGUGCCCGAUUAUCCGGAUCUGGAUGCUGAUAUUUACGCGCUGAAGCCUCGGGAAUAUAAUAAUAUACACGAAUCUGAGAAUAAUUUAGCUGAUAUAUUUGAGGCCAGGCUGCCAGCAAACAUAUUUAUGUCGGACUUCGAGAAGGAGUUUUAGGGAAUUUCCGCCUUCGUCAAAUCAUGUUUAGUGCUUAAGCUAUAAAAAUAUUGUCCGGAGUACGAAAUAUUUGUGGUUAAAACCAAGUCUAAAGUUUGUCAACAUAUGUAUAUAGAAUUAAAAUUUGUAUUGUUUCU